CAUCAAUUCUUGUUGAGCUGUAAUCCGACAUACAAAUAUAUACACACACAUACCUUGGUAGAGAGAGUUCAUACUAUUCACCAUCCACGCACAAACUAACUUCCUAGUCAUAUCAUCUCAAUCGGACAUGGAAGAGACGAUCAAAACAUUUCCACAACACACUUGUAGUUGGUUGAAAGGCAAGCUUACCCUUUACAAGAAUCAAGACUUCUGGAACGUUAGAGAAUUCCAUGAAGGAGGAAUUAUGGCUCAACAAAGCUUUGAGGCUCGACCAAGUGAUGUAUUUGUCUGUAGUGCUCCCAAAACUGGGACGGUAUGGCUAAAGGCCUUGGCUUUUGCCAUAAUAACCCGGGAAAAGUAUGAUGAAUCCACGAGUCCUUUGCUCACAACCAUGCCUCAUGAAUGCAUUCCUUUGCUAGAGAAAGACCUUGAACAAAUUGAAGAAAACCACAAGAACUCGUGCUUCCCACUCGUUGCCACACAUCUUCCUUACAAUUCCCUACCAGAAUCAAUCCUUUCUUCCAACUGCAAGAUAGUUUACAUAUAUCGCAAUAUAAAAGAUGUCAUAGUUUCUCAUUACCAUUUCCUGCGAGAAGCGAACAAACUGCCCUUGGAAGAUGCCCCAUUUGAGGAGGCAUUUGAUGAGUUUUAUGAGGGCGUUUCAUGGUAUGGACCAUAUUGGGAUCAUAUCUUGGGAUACUGGAAAGCAAGCUUGGAGAGACCCGAGAUAAUUCUUUUCUUGAAAUAUGAAGACAUGAAAAAGGAUCCUACAGGCAAUGUGAAGAAGCUUGCAGAGUUCAUUGGGUUUCCCUUUACAUAUGAAGAAGAGAAAGCUGGUGUGAUAGAAAACAUUAUAAAGUUGUGUAGUUUUGAGAAAUUGAGCAACUUGGAAGUAAACAAAAGUGGAAAGCAUCGUGCAGAAGAUGUUAAUGUGGCUGAGAACCGAAUCUACUUCAGGAAGGCUAAGGAUGGAGAUUGGAAGAACUACUUCACAGAUGAGAUGAUUGAAAAGAUUGACAAACUGAUUGAUGAAAAACUUGGUGCUACUGGUUUAGUUUUAAAAUGAAAGACUCAAGAUCAGUUCUGUUUGGUACUAUAGCUGCUUAAAAUUUAAGUUUGUCUUUGAAGUUUAUGGUUAAAAUAACUGAGGGUGUCUCUCUUUGUAGUAUGAAUGUUUUCCAUGUGUUAAGUUUUUAAACUGUUUUGUUGUAUACAUAUUAAUAAUGAUAACUGUAUUUUCUUCUUGGGGGACUUGUUAA